AUGGCGGCUCCUCCCAUAGUUCUCGAUGGCGGCACAGGUUUCCUCAAGGUCGGAUACGCCGCCCAGAACUUCCCCGAAUUCCAAUAUCCCUCCAUCGUCGGCCGCCCCAUCCUGCGAUCCGAAGAGAAGGGCAGCGACAAUGACAUGAUCAUCAAGGACAUCAUGUGCGGUGACGAGGCCGCUGCCGCCCGUACCAUGCUGCAGAUCAGCUACCCUAUGGAGAACGGUAUCGUCAAGAAGUGGGACGAUAUGCAGCACCUCUGGGACUACACCUUCUUCGAGAAGAUGAAGGUCGACCCGACCGGCCGCAAGAUCCUGCUGACCGAACCGCCCAUGAACCCCCUUAGGAACCGCGAGCAGAUGUGCGAGGUCAUGUUCGACCGCUACGGCUUCGGCGGAGUCUAUGUCGCCAUCCAGGCCGUGCUGGCCCUGUAUGCCCAAGGUCUCAGCUCCGGUGUCGUCGUAGACUCCGGUGAUGGUGUCACGCACAUUGUCCCCGUCUACGAAUCAGUCGUGCUCAACCACCUCACCCGGCGGCUGGAUGUUGCCGGCCGCGACGUCACGCGCAACCUGAUUGCCCUGCUGCUGCGCAGAGGCUAUGCGCUCAACCGGACCGCCGACUUCGAGACAGUGCGUCAGAUCAAGGAGAAGCUGUGCUAUGUUUCCUACGACCUGGAGCUGGACAAGCGUCUUAGUGAAGAUACGACCGUCCUCGUCGAGAGCUACACCCUGCCCGACGGCCGUGUCAUCCGCGUAGGGAGCGAGCGCUUCGAGGCUCCCGAGUGCCUCUUCCAACCCCACCUCGUGGAUUGCGAGCAGCCUGGCAUUGCCGAGUUUCUGUUCAACACGAUCCAGGCCGCCGAUGUCGACGUGCGCUCGUCGCUCUUCAAGGCCAUUGUCCUGUCGGGUGGAAGCAGCAUGUAUCCCGGCUUGCCCAGCCGCCUGGAGAAGGAGUUGAAGCAGCUAUGGCUCACGCGUGUCCUGGGCGGCAACCCCGAACGUUUGAGCAAGUUCAAGGUUAGGAUAGAAGACCCCCCGCGACGGAGGCACAUGGUUUUCUUGGGUGGUGCGGUGCUGGCCAACAUCAUGGCCGACAAGGAGAGCAUGUGGAUCACAAAGCAGGAGUGGGAAGAGCAGGGCACAAGGGUUCUGGAGAAGCUAGGUCCGCGAUAG